UCAUAUUAUUAUCCGCCUACAUUAUACUCUAGUGGUUCUUAUAUUAUUUUUGUACUAGUUAGGAUCUUUUAUUCACUUUUUUGAACUACUUUACUAUCUGGUGCUUUCUAGAUCUUUUUAUAUAUACAUAGUCUUAUACUUUGCAAAAAGAUAUGGCGAUGGUUGCUAUGCUUAACUCUCAGGAAAACCUGAACAGAAUUUUUAGUGAAUUAAAAUCAAAACACGAAGAUAGACGCAUUAAAGCUGCAGAAGAACUUCGCGAAACAGCAACGACAGCAUCAAAAGAACUAUCAGAAGAGAAUCUUGUUCGUUUCACUAAUGAUAUCAACAAACGUUUUUUCGAAUGGACUCACGGUAACGACAAUAACGAAAAGCUCGGUGCCAUUAUUGGUAUAGAUCGGUUAAUUGGUUUGGAGCCUGAAAGUAAUGCAAAUCGUUUCCACAAUUAUCUUCAACACAUGUUACCUCAUCAUGACCAACAAAUUAUGGUUCCAGCAGCAAAAGCAUUAGGUCGUUUAGCCGUGAGCUCUACAACCCUCACUGCUGAUUUAGUCGAUACACAAGUAGAACAUGCAUUAGAAUGGCUUCAAGCAGAUCGUAGUCGUCUUGCUGCUGUCUUGGUCUUGAGAGAACUGGCUGUCAAUGCUCCUACUUUGAUUUAUGCAUAUGUUCCUCGUAUUUUGGAUUUAAUUUGGGUUGCUUUACGUGAUCCUCGCAAUGUCAUUCGAGAAUAUGCUGCAGAUUGUCUCUCUCAAUGUUUAGAAAUCAUUCAACAGCGUGAAACGCCUAUGCGAAAGACAUGGUAUUCACGUAUAUGGGAAGAAGUGAAUCGUGGAUUGCGUAUGAAUAGCGCUGAAGCAACACACGGUAGUCUGUUAGCCAUGAGAGAAUUGUUGUUGCAUGCUGGCAUGUUUAUGACAGACAUGUACAAAGAAGUGUGUGGCAUCACUCUCCACUUAAAAGACUCUCGUGAUGCCUUGAUUCGAAAAACAGUUGUGUCUAUUAUUCCCACUUUGGCUUCUUAUGAUCCCGCUACCUUUUCAGAACUUUACUUGCGCAAAUCCAUGCCUCAUUUAUUGAGUUUACUUCGAAAAAACAAUGAGAAACGAGAUGCUUUUAUUGCUAUCGGUCAAGUGGCUAUUCAAGUCAAGAGUAACAUGAGUCCUUAUUUGGAGGCUAUUCUGAGUUGCAUCAAAGAGACCUUAUCUAUUAAAGGUCGUCAACGAAAGGAAGUCGAGACAGCUACAUUCACUUGUAUCAGUAUGUUGGCUACAGCUGUUGGACAAUCAUUGACAAAACACUUGCAUGAUUUAUUGGAUUUGAUGUUUAAUUGUGGACUAUCUGAACCUCUUGUUACAGCCUUGAGUAAUAUUACAGACCGUAUCAAGCCUUUGUCACCUGUUAUUCAAGAACGCUUGUUGAAUGUGAUAUCUAUCACCUUAAGUGGACAAUCAUACAAACAGCCAGGUGCGCCUACAAAUCGCAAUUUGAUACAAACAGUAGAACGAUCUCUUCGCGAAAAUGGAGUUGUAGACGGAAAGGAUAACGACACUAUUGUAUUAGCACUCACUACGCUUGGAUCAUUCGAUUUUUCGAAUCAUGUUUUGAACGAAUUCGUGCGCGACUGUAUUGUAAACUAUCUCGAUGACGACCUUCCAGAAAUUAGAAAAGCAGCAGCUGUAACAUGCUGUCAGCUGUUUGUUCGUGAUCCUAUUUGCAACCAAACAAGUGCACAUGCAAUCAAGGUUGUAGGUGAAGUAUUGGAGAAGCUUUUGACAGUUGGUAUUGCAGAUCCAGAUCCAGUCAUUCGUGAAACUGUAUUGUCGUCUUUGGAUGUUCGAUUCGAUCGUCAUCUAGCACAGGCAGAUAAUGUAAGAUCCUUGUUUAUUGCACUGAAUGACGAAGUAUUUGCCAUUCGAGAAAUCGCCAUCACUAUCAUUGGUCGUUUGACUACAUUUAAUCCAGCUUAUGUUAUGCCCUCUCUUCGAAAGACAUUGAUCCAACUCUUGACAGAACUAGAGUAUUCAGUCAUCAGUCGACAAAAGGAAGAAUCAGCUAGAUUAGUUUCGUUACUUGUCCGAGCUGCUCAACGACUUACAAAGCCUUAUAUUGAACCUAUUCUAAAAGUAUUGCUUCCUAAAGCCCGCGAUUCAUCUACAGGUGUCGUUUCGGCCGUAUUGGGUGCUUUAGGUGAAUUGGCUGCUGUCAGUGGUGAAGAUAUGGCUCCUCAUUUGGACGAGCUCAUGCCUUUGAUCAUGGAAACAUUACAAGAUCAAAGUUCAAGCGCUAAGCGUGAUGCUGCUCUUAAGACAUUAGGCCAAUUGGCUAGCAAUACUGGUUUUGUGAUUGAGCCCUAUACAAAGUAUCCAGCUUUGCUUAAUAUUUUGAUCAACAUUAUGAAGACUGAACAAAACCCAACCAUUCGAAGAGAAACCGUUAAGUUGAUUGGUAUUCUCGGUGCUUUAGAUCCUUACAAACACAAGAUGAAUGCUAUUGGCAACUCCAGCGAAGAAUUGGCAGAUCCUAAACUUGCAAGCAACGAUGUUACUUUGCUUAUGAUGGGCAUCGGUCCAUCGUCUGAAGAUUAUUAUCCUCAAGUUGUGAUGCAUUCACUUAUGAAGAUCCUAAGAGAUCCUUCCCUCAGCACACAUCAUUAUGCAGUGAUCGAUGCUAUCAUGUUCAUCUUCAAAACAUUGGGUCUCAAGGUUGUGCAGUUCUUGCCUCUCGUCAUUCCUGGCUUUUUACAGCUCAUGCGAUCCUCUACUUCUGGUAUGCUAGAACUCUAUUUUCACAAACUGGGUGAUUUAGUCUCUAUUGUCAAACAACACAUCCGAAACUAUCUCAAGGAUAUCUUUGAUCUUAUUGAUGACUACUGGACGCCUGUCUCUUCUAUCCAAAUCACCAUUAUCUCUUUAAUUGAAGCGAUUGCCAAGGCACUUGAUGGUGAGCUUAAAGUGUAUUUGCCUCGUCUUUUGCCUCAUAUGCUUCAAAUUUUUGACAGCGACUUGUCCGAAAGAAGACAACCCACGAUCAAAGUACUGCAUGCCUUUGUUGUGUUUGGUGCUAAUAUUGAGGAAUACAUGCACUUAGUAAUUCCUGCCGUAGUCAAGUUUUUCGAAAAGCCGGAUGCACCUGUGUCUGUUCGCCGUCAAGCCAUCUCAACUAUUACUGCCUUCUGUAAGAAAGUCAACAUGUUUGAUUAUGCCUCGCGCAUCAUUCAUCCUCUGGCUCGUGUCCUGCCUGUAUUGCCCAUUGAGGCACGUAGUGCUGCAAUGGACCUGUUGUGUGCUCUUAUAUUCCAACUUGGGACGGAUUAUACCAAGUUUAUUCCAGUGAUCAAUAAAGUGCUCACAAGACACCGUAUCUCACAUACCAAUUAUGAACUGCUUGUAGGUAAAUUAUUGAAAGGUGAAAAUCUUCCUCAAGAACUAGGAAAAGCAUUUGAUGACAGUGACGCCAAGGGCGACGAAACACCUUCUGUUGACCAAAGUGCAGCCAAGAAACAACCAGUCAAUCAACAACACUUGAAGAAGGCUUGGGAAGCAUCACAAAGAUCAACCAAAGAAGAUUGGAUGGAAUGGAUUCGUCGAUUCAGUGUUGAACUUUUGAAACAAUCGCCUUCUCAUGCUCUUCGUGCUUGCGUCUUCUUGGCAUCUGUAUAUACUCCUCUUGCUCGAGAACUUUUCAAUGCAGCCUUUGUUUCUUGCUGGAAUGAGCUGUACGACCAAUAUGUAGAUGAGCUUGUCAAAUCUCUCGAAGUAGCGUUAAAAGCACCUAAUAUUCCUCCAGAAAUCAUUCAGAUCUUGUUGCAUCUUGCUGAAUUCAUGGAGCACGACAAUAAGAUUUUGCCUAUUGAUAUCCGUACCUUGGCUGUUUAUGCUCAAAAGUGCCAUGCUUAUGCUAAAGCACUUCACUACAAGGAAGCAGAGUUUCAUAUCAAACAAAGUUUCGAAGCUGUUGAAAUGUUGAUGUCUAUCAACAACCUUUUACAACAACCUGAUGCAGCCAUGGGUAUUUUGACAUUUGCACAAGAUUCUUUAGGUCUUGAACGGAAAGUGUCGUGGUUUGAGAAAUUGCAUAGAUACCAAGACGCCUUGGAAGCCUAUGAAGCACAACAGUUGGAAAAUCCUGACUCUAUGGAAAUCACUUUGGGCCGUAUGCGCUGUUUACAUGCCUUGGGUGAAUGGGACCAGUUAUCUGCGCUGGCGCAAGAAAAGUGGAUUCAUGCUCCUAUUGAGAGCCGUAAGAGUGUGGCUCCUUUUGCCGCUGCUGCUGCUUGGGGUUUAGGUCAAUGGGAACAAAUGGAAGAAUACAUUGCUUUACUCAAACCUGAAAGUCCCGAUCGUACUUUUUUCCGUGCUAUUCUUGGUAUGCAUCACAAUCAAUAUGCAGAAGCUGAAAAGUUUAUCAACAAGACUCGUGAUCUAUUGGAUACUGAAUUGACGGCUCUUUUGGGCGAAAGUUAUAAUCGUGCUUAUGCUACAGUAGUCCGUGUACAGAUGUUGGCAGAACUGGAAGAGAUGAUCAUUUACAAGCAGUCUGCUAAUGAUGUUGAGCGUCAAAAUGCUAUUCGUCGUACUUGGGUGAAACGUUUAGAAGGAUGUGAGCGUAACGUAGAAGUAUGGCAGCGUAUUCUGCGUGUGCGUACCAUGGUUGUUUCUCCUCAAGAAGAUAUGGAAAUGUGGAUCAAAUUCGCUAAUUUGUGUCGAAAGAGUGGCCGAUUUUCUUUAUCUGAAAACACAUUGCGCAGUUUAAUGGAAGCAGACGGUGGUGAUGGCUCAGGCACACCUCAUCCAAAGAUUGUUUAUGCUCAGCUCAAACACAUGUGGGACUCUGCCUCUAUUGCUCCUACCGAUAAAGCACCUGCCAUUCGAUCUCGAGCACUCAGCAUCUUACGUGAAUUCACAGCACAAAAGACACAGGAUCUUGGAUUGAACCCUGAUGAAAUGGCCGUGAGUAUGCCUAUUGAUCUUAGUCGAAUCACAGAAGAUGUAGCUGAAUACACUCGCCUGCUCAGUCGAUGUUAUCUUCGCCAGGGUGAGUGGCAACGAGCUCUCUCUUAUGAAUUAACGGAAGAAACCAUUCCCGAGAUCUUGUGCUCCUUUUUACUUGCUACUCGAUUUGAUCAAAACUGGUACAAGGCAUGGCACUCUUGGGCAUUGGCUAACUUCGAUAUCAUUGAUUACCAUGAACGACUUCAUCCCGAUAAAUUACCUCCUCAAAUCUUUAGCCAUCAUAUUGUGCCUGCUGUCCAAGGUUUCUUUAGAUCGAUUGCUCUGUCUAAAGAAAACUCACUUCAAGAUACACUUCGUUUGCUUACCUUAUGGUUUAAAUAUGGUUAUCAAUCUGAAGUGAGUGCUGCUAUUGGUGAAGGCUUUAGCACCAUCAGUAUCGAUGUAUGGCUACAAGUGAUUCCUCAACUGAUUGCUCGUAUUCAUGCUCCUAACAGCACUGUUCGCUUAUUGAUUCAACAGUUAUUGACAGAUAUUGGUCGUGAACAUCCUCAAGCUCUUGUGUAUUCCUUGACUGUGGCUAGUAAGUCUCAAAGUUUGCCUAGAAGAAGAGCCACGUUUGUUAUUAUGGAUCGUAUGCGUAUGCACAGUGCUGUUCUUGUUGAACAAGCCUUAAUGGUCUCGCAAGAACUUAUUCGUGUCGCCAUUCUCUGGCAUGAAAUGUGGCAUGAAGGGCUUGAAGAAGCUUCUCGUCUUUACUUUGGUGACCGCAAUGUGGAUGCUAUGUUUGCUACCUUGGAGCCUUUACAUCAAAUGUUGGACCGUGGGCCAGAAACAAUGCGUGAAGAAUCGUUUGUUCAAGCCUUUGGCCGCGAUUUACAAGAGGCUCAAGAAUGGUGCCACCGUUAUCAAGAGACACGCGACCUGAACAACUUGAAUCAAGCUUGGGAACUUUACUACCAAGUGUUUAGACGCAUUGUGAGACAAUUGCCUCAACUGACGAGUCUUGAAUUACAAUACAUUUCGCCUCAAUUGUUGGAAGCUCGCAACUUGGAAUUAUGUGUUCCUGGUUAUUACCGUAGUGGUGAGCCUAUUGUGCGUAUUGCUCGAUUCAAUCCUAGUUUGAGUGUGAUUGCAUCCAAACAACGUCCAAGAAAGUUGACCAUCAUCGGUAGUGACGGUAAAGACUACAUGUACCUGUUGAAGGGUCAUGAGGAUCUUCGUCAGGAUGAACGUGUUAUGCAACUCUUUGGUCUUGUCAAUACCCUGUUGACGAAUGAUGCAGAAACCUUCAAACGUCACCUUAAUAUUCAACGUUAUCCUGCUGUUCCUUUGUCACCUAAUUCUGGCCUGAUUGGUUGGGUAACCGAGACAGAUACUUUGCAUACUUUGAUUCGUGACUACAGAGAUAGUCGAAAGAUUCUCUUGAACCUCGAACAUCGUCUUAUGUUACAGAUGGCACCUGAUUAUGACAACUUGACAGUAAUCCAGAAAGUAGAAGUGUUACAAUAUGCAUUUGAGAAGACCUAUGGCCAAGACCUUUACAAUGUCCUUUGGCUCAAGAGUCGUAACUCUGAAGCAUGGCUUGAUAGACGUACCAAUUAUACCCGUUCUCUGGCUGUCAUGUCUAUGGUAGGCUACAUUCUUGGUUUAGGUGACCGUCAUCCUUCCAACCUUAUGCUUCAUCGUGUCACUGGUAAAGUGGUUCAUAUUGAUUUCGGUGAUUGUUUCGAGGUUGCUAUGCAUCGUGAGAAAUUCCCUGAAAAGAUUCCUUUCCGUCUCACUCGAAUGUUGGUAAAGGCAAUGGAAGUCAGUGGUAUUGAAGGCAAUUUCCGUACCACCUGUGAGCAUGUGAUGCGCGUCUUGCGUGACAACAAGGAGAGUUUGAUGGCUGUUCUUGAGGCCUUUGUCUAUGAUCCUUUAAUCAACUGGAGAUUGUUGAAUACUCAUCAACCUCAAAGUCCUGUUCAGAAUGAACGUAUGCGAGGCAUUGAAAAUAUAGUGCAUGAAGAUGGUCCAGAUGAUGGUCAUCGUAACUUCUCUGUCAGUCGAAGAUUAAACAGAAUUGAAGUGGAAGCUGUGGCUAAUGAAAACCCUCAAGGCCCUGAAUUAUUGAAUUCACGUGCGGUUGCUGUUGUCAACAGAGUGUCAAACAAAUUAACAGGUCGUGAUUUCAAUCCUCGAGUGACUUUGGAUGUACCUACACAAGUUGAAAAGUUGAUUCAACAAGCUACUUCUUUAGAGAACUUGUGUCAAUGUUACGUCGGAUGGUGUGCAUUCUGGUAAAAAAAAAAAAAAAAUUAAAAAUCGAAAAUGGCUUAGAAUAUCAAUAAAUAAAAAUGUUGCAUAAAAAGGA